AUGGCUUCCAAUAUUUGUGUCAAUUUGUUGUUCCCUUGUAUUACAAUCCUUCACUUGAUUUUUACAUUGGCUCGCUCCGAAAAUUAUAUCAUUCACAUGGAUUUAUCAGCUAUGCCAAAAGUAUUCUCAAAUCAACAUAGUUGGUAUGAAUCUACCCUUUCUAAGGUCACUGCCAACAAUAAUUUAACCUCUUCUAAAAUCAUUUAUACAUACACCAAUGUUAUGAAUGGUUUUUGUGCAAAUCUAUCACCUAAAGAGCAUGAAGCUCUCAAAACCUCUCCCGGUUACAUUUCCUCAAUACCUGAUUUACCUUUGAAACUUCACACAACACACUCACCACAAUUCCUUGGCCUCAAUCCAUUUGAAGGGGCAUGGCCAGCUUCUAAGUUUGGUCAAGAUGUCAUUAUUGGUUUGAUUGACUCAGGUGUUUGGCCCGAGAGUGAAAGUUUUAAUGAUAAUGGAAUGACUAAAAUCCCUUCAAAAUGGAAAGGGAAGUUAUGUCAAUUUGAAAAUAGCAACAAUUCAUCAUUUUGCAACAAGAAACUCAUUGGAGCAAGAUUCUUCAAUAAAGGGUUAUCUGCGAAAAAUUCGAACAUUAAUACAACAAUAGUGAACACUACACGUGACACAAAUGGUCAUGGAACCCACACUUCAACAACAGCAGCCGGAAAUCAAGUUGAUGGUGCAUCUUUCUUUGGUUAUGCAAAUGGAACGGCAAGGGGAAUAGCUACAUUGUCUAGAGUGUCUAUGUACAAGAUUGUGUGGGGACAAAAUGAAGAUCCAAUUGCAAUUUCAUCUGAUAUAAUGGCUGCAAUUGAUGCUGCAAUAUCGGACGGUGUUGAUGUUCUUUCGAUUUCAUUAGGUCCAACUUUUGAUUUACCUUUGAAUGAAGAUCCGAUUGCAAUAGCCUCUUUUGCAGCUAUGGAAAAAGGUAUUUUUGUGUCUUGUUCAGCAGGUAAUGACGGCCCCGAUUUUAAAACUCUUCGCAAUGGAACACCAUGGUUGACAACUGUUGCUGCUGGUACUAUGGAUCGUGAAUUUCAUGCGACUCUUACACUUGGUAAUGGAGUCUCACUCACAGGUUGGUCUAAUUAUCUAGGAAAUUUCUCUGCUAGCAAUUUGCCAAUUGUUUUCAUGGGUUUGUGCGACAAUGUUACAGAAUUAAUCAAAGUGAAGAACAAUAUUGUGGUUUGUGACGAUGGAGAUAUUAUUGAACAAUAUUCUUAUGUGUAUCAAGCAAACGUUGUUGGAGCUGUUUUCAUAUCAAAUAUAUCAAAUUUUGAUUUCUUUAGAAAAGAAGAGUAUAGUUUUCAAGACUUAAGUUAUGCAAACAUCUUUAUUAGUCCAAUAGAUGGAGAAAUCACCAAAUCAUACAUCAAGAAUAACUCUAUGUCAGCUUCAAUAGCAAAUAUGUCUUUCAAGUUAUCAAUUUUUGGAACUAAACCAGCACCUGGUGUUUACUCUUCUAGUUCGAGAGGACCAUCAAAUAGUUGUCCAUAUGUCUUGAAACCUGACAUUACGGCUCCUGAUACAUCAAUCUUAGCUGCAUGGCCCACAAAACUUCCUGUGUUGGAUCCUGUGACCGAAGUCUUCAACAAGUUCAAAUUUUUAACUGGAACAUCUACGUCAUGUCCUCAUGUUGCCGGUGUAGGAGCACUUUUAAAAGGAGCGCGUGUUGAUUGGAGCCCUGCAGCUAUAAGGUCGGCAAUUAUGACAACAUCAAACAUAUAUGAUAAUACUAAGGAACAUAUCAAAGACAUUGAAAAAGGUAAUGAAGUUGCAACUCCUCUUGCAUUGGGAGCUGGUUAUGUUGAUCCCAAUAGAGCACUUGACCCUGGUCUUGUUUAUGAUGUUGGUGUACAAGAUUAUGUUAAUCUUCUUUGUGCACUUAACUUCACACAAAAAAACAUCACUACGAUUACAAGAUCCUCUUUCAAUGAUUGUUCUAAACCUUCCUUGGAUCUUAAUUACCCUUCUUUUAUAGCUUUUUUCAAUGCUGGAAAUUCUUCUUCAAGGGCCAUCCAAGAAUUUCACAGAACAGUUACCAAUGUUGGUGAGGGACAAGCCAUUUAUGUUGCUAGCAUUAUGCCUGUUGAAGGAUACCGUGUUAGUGCUAUCCCAAAUAAGUUGAUGUUCAAUAAGAAGAAUGAGAUGCUAAGCUACAAGUUGAGGAUUGAAGGCCCUAGAAUGACACAAAAUAAUGAAGUAGCUUUUGGUUACAUCACAUGGCAGGAUGGGAAGCAUGUGGUGAGGAGCCCUAUUGUGGUAACUACCACCAAUUUCAAUUUGUAGAUCACUAUGU